AUACCCCACUUCCCUCAGGUCCUGGUCCUUUUUCAGCAGGCUAUAAAACAGCUAUACUCUGUUCAAAAGUCGGCGGCGACCAGUUUUCGUCGGUCAGGAGUUAGGCACUUGCGCAACAUCCAUUUGUCAACCCUCUCUCCACACAGACAUGUUUCUGCACUCGGCAGUGCCAGUGCGUGCGCAACAACCACCUGCAGUAUUCGAGUAACGCAUCCCAGUGAGCACUGAGCGCAGUGAACGGUUUCUUUUUUUUUUGAUUGCACUCAGAGGCUUUUGUGUAUUUAAUAUUUAAAUUUAUACUUUUGUAUACGUCGUGUACUAUCGUCUUGCAUCCAUUCCUGUCAUCAUAUCACGCUCAUAUAGAGGCACAUAACUCAAUUGAUAAGCCAGGAUAACUUGUAAGAUUUUUGUAAUUUAUAUGAGCAUUAUUGUGUACAGUGUGGUGUUUGCUCAGUUCUCAAAUACACGACCUCGAGAAUCAUCAAAACAUUUAGAAGAAGAUGCUUCAAAAUAUUCCCAAUACUGAAACGUCGAGAGACAAACAAGCGAAAACAAAUCUGAGGCCAGUGCAUAGACAUAAUCUACGGUCUAUGGUGUCAAUUUUGAGCGACGAAGACGAUGACAGUAAUUCUAAUUUGGACAUUCACGAUGGCAAAUUGGAUGAUUUAACGAAAUCAGUCGUCAAUUCAAACAAAUCUAAAGAAAUUACAAAAUGUCCGUUACAAGUCAACAACAAUAAUAACGACGUCAAUGACGAUGACGACGACGACUACGAAACGGCUGAAUCAUACAACUCUACAAAGUCGAGUCAAAAGCUUAAAAAAGUCAACUAUACGAAAAAACGUCGGGAAAUUUCUGUGAAAUAUUGUACCAGCGAUAGUGAUGAUGAUUCAGAAUAUAAACCGAAAAGGAAGAAAUUGAUUCUGCAAUCAACAUUGAAGCCUUCGGUUUCAACGCAUCGUAAUGAUAUCGGAGUUGACAAGCGUACAUCGAAUAUUAUCAACAACAAUAGUAGCAGUAGUUGUAGUAUUUGUGAUAGCGAUACAGACGAAAACGAUGAAAAAUCAGACCAAAACUUGUCUAAUAUUUUUAAAGAUAAAAAUGUAACGGGUUAUUUUAAUUGCAUGAAAUCUGAAGAUGAAAAUGAAUUAGAAAAAGAAUUAAUGGAAUUACGCAGACAUUCACUUCGCCAAACCUGCGUCAAUGUUAACGACAAUAUAUCGACAAAAUGCAAAUUUUUCAUUAAAAAUUUAAAAAAUUGUCAAACAACAGCUGAAGUUGAUACUAACCAUAUGCCACGCAAUUCUGAUUUAUUGAACCAUAUCAAAAACAUGAAAAACCAAUUUAAAUCUGUAUACGAACCAAAACGGACACGACUCUAUAAAAAAUUAGUCAAAACUCCUGAACAUUUAAAAGUUUUUAAUCUCAAAGAAGGAUAUUCCAAAAUUACAGCCGAUGAGGGUAUGGUAAAUUUGUUCAACGCAUUAAAUUCGUUUGAAAAAAAGUAUCAAUACAAAAUCAAAUUUGUAAAAUCUAAAUUGGGCGAUGCACUGCAACGUUAUACUGCCAAUCGUGAUAUAUGCAUGGAUGUGGUUCAUUUAGAAUCAAAUUGCGAAGAAGAUUUGUUAAAAUAUAGAUUGUGUUAUGGUGCUAUUCCGAAAACGUAUAUUUUGGAAUUAGAAAUUAUCGUUUGCCGUCUUUUAAUGGACAAAUUAUACGACGAAAGCAAAAUAUUAACCGACAAUUUAAAGCAAUCGGAAAACAUGGAUUACGAUUUACUAGAAGGGGAAUUGGAAUUGCUGAUUUUCAAUUAUUGGCAAAAGUCUACCUGUGACAUGUUCACGUACAAGGAACAUUUAAGUCGUGAAAUGAAUAAAAAGGUGUUCUAUUAUAUGUACAAACAAUUAGAAACCACUAUUACACGCAACGAUUUCGGUAAAGAUGAAAAUCGAAGAAUUAUGUUUAUAAAUAUUUUGAAACUUUAUAAAUCGUACGCUGCUUUUGAAAACCAUACAAUAUUGACUGCUGCGGGUUUGGCUUUUGUGAAAAAUUUUGCGAGUAAAUUGUUACCAUUUAUAUGGAAUCAAUAUGAGUUGUGGUCAAUAUUUUUCCAAAAAUUCAAUAUGCACAGCAUGGCUUUUGAACAUACUAUAAAAGAUUUGUUAGAGAACCGAGACAGUAUAUUUCAAUACCUUUUCACUCGGGUGUCGGAAAUCGAUCAAUUUAAUAUCUAUAGAUCUACGAAAAGCUUAUGGUAUUAUGGUAUUGAACAAAAGAUUAACUCCUCUGUAGAAGUGGAAGAUACAAUUAUUUCCAAAACCGAUGUUGUUAAUUGUUUAAGUUAUUAUUUCACUACACCAGCACAUGUGCCUCGAUCUCUUUGCGUAAAAUUGGAUAAUUAUUAUUUUCUUUACAUCGAUUUAUUCGUAUCGUUCAUUAUCAACAGCAAUUUGUAUAAAUAUCAAAAAAAAUUAACGGCCGAAAAUUGUAAGCAUUUUUUCAUUUUAAACGACAGAAAGUAUCACGAUUAUUAUUUGCAAAAUUUCAUUCCUACUUUUGAAACUACGCGCAUGGUAACCGCUAUGAAGACCAUGCUCAAAAAUCAGCUAAACACCCGUCUAGACGGUAACCUUACAUGUAACAUGAAGAUGAAAGCGGAGGUGACGUAUAUGUUUUUUGAAUUGGUCCAUCUACAUUUAAACUAUACCCUGACGCCCGCGAUGCUACGUGAAGGUCCCGCUCUCACGGGCAUACAGUGGGCAAGUAUAUUUAUAUCAGAUUUAGAUAAAAUGGAAAGAUUUUAUCUAGAAGGGUUGCGAUGGGAAGAAAAACCGUGGAUGUUGGGCGGUACGACUGAUGAUUUCAAUUACGAUCCGGAAACCGAUGAUGUGGACGACCCACUAAAAAAUCUGUGCAGUGCUGAGCUUUCGAUCGAUGAUGAAUCCGACGACGAGGAGUACGGGUACGAGUAUAGUACCAAAUUCAGCGCAUCGACAGACGAGCAGACUGAUUUCAAUUCGGACAAUAGUGAAGCCGAAGGUUCAGCAAUGGUGAACAAUAAGACUUUAAUCAAAAAGAAGUUAAAACGACUGAUGGACGAAUGUCAGCAUCUCGGACAAGGCAACGAUCAUAAAAUAUUUAAUCGGAAAUUAUCAAAAAAAAUACCGGACCAUAUUAAUAAAAAAGAUUAUCCUUAUAAAUCAACACAAAUAAAACUAGAAAAACCCGAUAUGAAGAGAAAUGAUGUUAGGCCAUUCCAAGUCAAAGUGAAAAAACCGCCAGUAAAAAAGUUAAAAAGUGUACAGACAUUAAAAUCAGCACGCGGCAUGGUCGAGGAUGGUGUUUUUGACGUGUACAAGUUGAAAAACGACGAAACGCACGUGAUUACUCCAGAAGGAGUCAAAGUGUUUGGACUGUUUUCUAAAAGUAAAAUUAAUUCCGGUCAUCGUUCCUGCAGAGGUUGUACCCUUUGCCCAGACAGAAAAACCGCGAAGUAUAAUAUAUUGGUUUCGGAAAAUGUAGCCGUGGCGUGUUGUUUGACGUGCAUUGAAGUCGUGGCCGGUAUCAUUAAGACAACCAGAUACACUUUUGAAAAAUUACAAAACGUAAUGAAAAAACGCAUAGAUUUUAGGUUUAAGUCACCAAUAUUGUUCGACAAACACCGUCAAAUUUUGACCAAAAUCCCUCCAAUGUUGUCGCAUAAAGAUAUGAACACUCAUACGUACAACAAAUUUGAUCCUAAAUAUGGGAGACGUUUGCCUACAGUAGACACCUACAACGAUUAUUGUAAAUUUGAAGAUCGGCAAUAUUUAGUGUCUACUGUAAAUAAAAAAUAAUAAAAAAGUGUAAUUAAUUUUAAAAUGUAAGUACCAAUUUUAAAUCCUUUUUAUAUAGGUACCUAUGUUUUUUUUAUUUUGAUAUAAUCACUUUUUUGUUUGUGUAGUAUUCAUAAAUUUUUUGUAACAACUAAUAACAACUACAACGAAAAAAAAUAAAAGCAAUCUAUAAGUAUAAUAUUACUAAAACAUAUUAGGGAUCUAUUCUUAUUCCAAGUCUUGAAUGACUUUUUUUUUAUCUGUCUAUAUUAUUAUUUUAGGUGUAUGAUUUAUAGUAGUAC